AUGAGCGCACCAACAGUCGUCGCUGACGAGCCUCAGGGCACUAUCACUAUUGAGGUACCGGAGCAUGUGCUGAAGAAGAUGCGCAACCAGAUCUUCCAGGCCGUCGACGUUCGAAACGUACGCGGCCUCUCUCAGUUCUUCGGUCUCGGGGAGGAGAAACCAUUUAAUGUGCCAGGACGUGACGUGCUGGCCUCGAGGUGCCGGAAGAACGCUCUGUUCUUCAGCGCCAACUACGCAAUCUCGGCGGCGCUCGUUGGCGUCGUCACGAUCUUGCUGAACCCGUUCUUUUUGUUCGUGCUUAUCUGUCUGGGCGGGUUUUGGCUCUACAUGACGAGCGCGACAGCGAAUGAGACGCCUGAGAACCCGACCAAGAUUAUGGGACGUAAUGUGACACCCGAUCAGCGGAAACUUGGCAUGCUGGGUGUGAGUGCCGCGGUGGUGGUCAUUUUUGGAGGGUCGAUUCUGUUUACGAUCUGCUCGGCCAGCGGUGCUCUCGCCAUGUCGCAUGCGAUUCUGCGUGACUGCGCUACUAUUUGCGAGGAAGACGAGCUGGGCUUUUUGUCUGGUGACGCUGACCAGAUUGCGGACACUGUGUAA